GCACUUCCAACAACUCUCCUAGCCCCAACUCAUACCCCACGAGUCUCAGAACCCCACGCCAACACCUCAGCCUCCAAGGAGGGCUUAUCAGGGAGCCAGGCAGACAUAGGAAGGCUCCAUGGGCCUGGCUGGGCCACACACAUGCGGAGCAGGGGGAGAGUGAGGGCCGCCCGGGGAGGUGCGGCUCACUGACUCAGGUAGGGCAGAGGGUUGGGGUGGAGAGGAAGUGAGCUCCCCAGCCAGCUUCCUCCCAAACCAGCUCCAGGCCCAGGGCUGGGCAUUUCACAAAAAAGCCCAAGGAACUUUGUGGACAUUUCCUGUCCCGCCCCAACCCCUUUCCUGGCACUGACAGUCCAACUCAGGGUUGCCACACUGCUCACCUGUGAAGCAAUCUUCGCACGAGAGCUGAGGGUCUGGCCAGGGGCCGCCUAUAAAUGCUGGGCACACACAGUGCCGUCACAUUCCUCUGUGUGGCUCUGUGACUUGGACAGGGUGCGGGAAUAUAGGAAGAUGGCGGACCAGAUGUCCCAGCUGGAGUGCAGCAUCGAGACUAUCAUCAACAUCUUCCACCAGUACUCUGUGCGGCUGGGGCACCCAGACACGCUCAACCAGAAGGAACUGAAACAGCUCGUCAAAAAGGAGCUGCCCAACUUCCUCAAGAAGCAGAAGAAGAAUGACAAUGCCAUAAACAAGAUCUUGGAGGACCUGGACACAAACGGAGACAAGCAGCUGAACUUCGAGGAGUUCUCCAUCCUAGUGGGCAAGCUGACAAUGGCCUCCCAUGAGGAGAUGCACAAGAACGCCCCUGAAGGAGAAGGCCACAGCCACGGGCCAGGCUUUGGGCAGGGUGACCAGGGCCACUGCCAUAGCCACAGUGGCCAUGGCCACGGCCACAGCCACUAGCCAGGAGGCCAGGACACCCUGCCCCUGCCCAACGAGGGCCCCAGAGAGGCCCCACUGCCUUAGCUUGGGGGGCUGGGAAAUGGGGAGCAAAAUAAAGUCUUCCUCCAA